CUUUCGCACCACCUUUUUUCGGCCACCUAACCACCAGACCACCGUAACCGAGAAUGGCCGCGCUCAUGAUUCCGGCGAAUACGCUGGCGGCGAAGCGGAGGAUGCGGGUGAGGUCCUCCGCCUCGCGGAAGGACCACGCCAUUGUGAAAGAGUUUCGGGAGGGGUGCGCGGCGCCACUGCCGGUGCUGCGGCGGGUGGCAGAGGGGAUUGCGGCAGACAUGAGGAAGGGUCUCAACAGUGAUGGAGGUCACAGCCUUCCGAUGAUCCCUACUUUUGUCAACACCUUGCCCUCUGGGAAUGAGGAGGGUCUCUUCUAUGCAUUGGAUCUGGGUGGUACAAAUUUUCGAGUCUUAAGGGUGCAAUUGGGAGGCAAGGAUGGUCGGGUCAUCGACACUGAGUUUGAGCAAGUUGCCAUUCCUCAGGAUCUAAUGUUUGGCACCUCUGAGGAAUUGUUUGAUUUUAUUGCUUCUAGACUAGGGACUUUUGUGCAAAAAGAAAGUGGAAAGUUUCAUCUGCCUUCUGGAAGGCUCAGGGAGAUUGGUUUCACUUUCUCCUUUCCAGUAAAGCAAACUUCUAUUGAUUCUGGCAUUUUGAUCAAGUGGACAAAAGGUUUUGCGGUCUCUGGAACGGCGGGGAAGGAUGUAGUUUCCUGUUUGAAUCAAGCAAUGGACAGGCAGGGUCUAGAUAUGCGGGUCUCAGCCCUCGUUAAUGACACAGUUGGGACGUUAGCAGGAGCACGUUAUUGGGAUGAUGAUGCCAUGGUUGCUGUUAUUUUGGGCACCGGAACCAAUGCAUGUUAUGUAGAACGAAUGGAUUGUAUCCCAAAGCUGCAAGGCCAUUUACCUGCGAAUGGAGAUAUGAUUAUCAACACAGAAUGGGGAGCAUUCCAUGACAGCCUGCCUCUAACUGAGUUUGAUAAAGCUCUAGAUGCUGCAAGCAUAAACCCUGGUGAGCAGAUACUUGAGAAGACAAUCUCAGGAAUGUAUCUUGGAGAAGUAGCUAGAAGGGUGUUUCUCAAGAUGGCUGAAUCUGGUGCUAUGUUUGGUGGUUCUGCUCCCGACAAGCUUUCCACACCUUUUGUACUAAGGACACCUCAUCUCUGUGCUAUGCAGCAAGAUCAAUCAUCCGACUUGAAAUUGGUUGGAAAAAUUUUGAGCGACACUUUGGGUGUAGAUGAUUCUUCUUUGGGCAUUCGGGAAAUGGCCAUUGACAUUUGUGAUGCCAUAGUGAAGCGUGGGGGGCGGCUAGCUGGUGCGGGGAUUGUGGGCAUUUUACAGAAAAUGGAUGCCGAUUCUAAAGGAACAAUUUUUAGAAAGAGAACAGUUGUGGCCAUGGAUGGUGGCUUAUAUGAAAAUUAUCCCCACUAUAGGAAGUAUAUUAAAGAAGCUGUUAUUGGGCUUCUUGGGUCUGAGAUUUCCAAGAAUGUGGUCAUAGAACACUCCAAAGAUGGAUCAGGCAUUGGAGCUGCUCUCUUGGCAGCGGCUAAUUCAAAAUAUGCAAGGGAAUUCUAGAGGUGAAAAUUAUGGCACCCCUACUAUUGUUCUCUUCUUAAUGAGAUGAAAUAAAUUUUUACAUUUUUUUUUUAUAUUUUUCCAGCUUAGGUGAAUGAGGAUGUGUUGCCUUGUUCAAAGAGAUUAAGAAGGUUCCUUGUAAUUUUGUUGCCAAAUUUUGGUUUCGGUUUAGGUCGAAAAACAAUAAGUUUAAUGUUAUUCUUUAGGAAUAAAUUUUUUUUUCCCUC